GGGGGGUCUAUUUUAGUGAGCCAUUCACACGCAGGAUUCAACCCAUAAAUCCAUCACCAAAAACAUAUAACAUUUAUUCUUCUUCGACGGGACCACACAACUCAUCCUGCCCCUGAUUGCCUCCUAGUUCAAGCAACUAUUUAAAGAAAAAAAACAUGUCUGAAGGACCGAAAAAGACUAAGUAUACUGCCACAUGGCGGCUGCUCUUAAAAAGCAAAUUAUUGAAGAAGGCCACAUCUAUGCUGGCAGCUGAAAAAGAGCAGCACAAAAGAGAGAAAGACGAGGCUCUUAAUGAGAGGGUUCCUCCUCUUAAACUAUCUGGUCUGUCUGCGCAGGAGCUCCAGGAACUUUGUAAAGACCUUCACCGCAAGAUCGAUAUUGUUGAUGAGGCGCGAUACGAUCUUGAAAUGAAAGUGGCCAAAAAUGAAAAAGAGAUCCAGUCCUUGACCCAGAAGAUUUGGGAAAUGAAGGGUACAAAGCAACGAACCAAACUGAAGAGAGUUAAGAAGUCGCACGAUGCCAAGCUCGAUGCACUGACUGAAUCCAAAAUGUCAUCGAAGGCAGAUUUCAAAGCCAACCUGAAGACAGUAAAGAAAGAAGAGGAGAAGAAAGAAGAGGUGACCGACUGGCGUAAGAAUGUGGAGGCCAUGUCUGGAAUGGAGGGCAGGAAGAAGCUGUUUGAUGCUGGACAAUAAAAAUGUUACAAAGGAAACAUGUCACUUGAUAUCCAGCACACUUAAAGAAAAAAAAACCCAAUUUGAUUCAAAAUUGACAUUGUUUUUUAUUCUCAGACUAGAAGUGUGUACCAAGACAAGAAAGCUUCCGACAUACAGUUUGAAGCAAGUAAAUCCAAACUGUACAAAUGUGAUUUCUUGUGACUAAUACUGUCAAUUAAACAAACACUAUUUAUAAUAUGCUUAGGUUUAAGUGUAUUUGUAGGUGACCUUAGCACUUAGUUUGUCUUUACCAGUUGUCCUUUGUUGCAGUUUGUGGACAGACUGUGUGUUUCAAUGCGUCUGAAACUAAAUGUGAUAUUGUGUGUAUGAACUGUUAAUAAUACACAUGAGAUACGGACAGGAAAUGUGUUGAAUGCAAUGUUGUGAAACAGCGCGGUUUAGGAAUAAAAGAUGUCAGAUAUUGUAGCGCUUUCUAUGCUACUGAAAGUAAAAACUGCAAUGUAAUGGCAUUCCAAAAUUAAAAGCAACAAAACACG